AAAGGGCCGCUCACCGUAGUGUGUUGCGCCUCUUAAACCCUCACGGGUGAAGAAUCAGGGGUCAACCCCCAAAAGAUAUCUUGAAAGCAUUCAUUUUUCCUCCCUGACGCCCAAAUCAAUAGCUAAAAAGAGCAACUCAGACGAGAAGCAAAUCAAUGGAGACUCAAUCAGAUGGCACCAACAGCAACAAUGACGACGUUGCGGUAUCCUCCAUCAAAAGCAUACGUUCUCAGCUGGAAUCUCGCAUAGAAACCCAGCACAGGACCCAACUCGACCUAAUGGCCUCUCUCCAGUCUCUCGUCCCUAACAUCGUCUCCUCUCUCGACAUGUCUCUCCAAAUUGUUUCUUCCUUCAAUCACAAACCCUUUACCCCUACGCCCCCUCUCCCUGCUCCAACUAAAAAACCUGUCGAAAUCGCUAACCCAGCCAAAAAUCCUUCUAGUCCUCGCGCUGGUAUACAUUCUAAGUCCGCAAUCUCCAAGCUUGAGAGCUCUAAACCGACCCAGUCGAAUGGGAAUGACAAAUUUAGUAUUGAUGACAGUGGGAGUCCUUUGUCGGUGGUGAGGGUGAUGGUGGCGGAUUGCUUGUUGCAGAGGGUGCCAUUUGAUCCCAUAGAUUCGUCGACAGUGUUGAGGAAGCUGGAGAAUGACCAGAAUGCGACUCCAGCGGAGAAGGCGGCGCUGAGGGAGGUGGGUGGAGAGUCUGGCGCUAUUCUUGCGGUGGAGAUGGCUUUGAGGUCCAUGGCGGAGGAGAACCGUGGGAUUGAACUCGAGGAAUUUGUGGUUAGCGGUAAGUCUAGAGUUAUGGUGUUGAAUAUUGACCGCAAUAGGUUAGUUAAAGAAUUGCCUGAAAGUGCACAGUAUCAACAACAGUUAGAGUCUUUAAAUUCUAGUGAUUUAAAUCAGAAUCAGAGUCAGAGUAAUAGCGGUAACAAUGGCAGUGGUGGGCUUGAUGUGAAUAAUAAUAAUGGAGUUUUUGGGAUGGGAGGGCCGGUGGUGCCUAGACCAAUGCCGGCAGAUAUGUGGAUGGCUGGCGGUCCUGGUGGGGAUAUGUGGAAUGGGCCACCAAGGGGAGGAAUGGUGGGUCCUAGAGGGAUGAUGAUGGGGCCUAGAGGGAUGAUGCACAGGCCGCCUUUGGGGCCUUUGUCAAUGCAGCAGCAGCAGCAGCAGAAGCCGAGAACUGAGGAGGAUGAUAUGAAGGAUUUGGAAGCUUUGCUCAAUAAGAAAUCAUUCAUGGAGAUGCAGAAAUCGAAGACUGGGGAGGAGCUUUUGGACCUCAUCCAUCGACCUACUGCAAGAGAAACUGCUGUGGCUGCUAAGUUCAAAACUAAAGGUGGCUCUCAACUGAAGGAGUACUGUUCUGCUCUAACAAAGGAGGAUUGCAGGCGUCAAUCUGGUUCCUUUAUGGCAUGCGAGAAGGUUCAUUUUCGGCGAAUUAUUGCUCCUCACACUGAUGUCAGUCAAGGGGACUGUUCUUUUCUAGACACUUGCCGUCACAUGAAGACAUGCAAGUAUGUUCAUUAUGAGCUUGACCCUACUCCUGAUGUGCCACCUAUGAUGAUGGGCGCUGCAGCACUUCCUCCCCCAAAACCUUUAAAGCCCCAGCGUGCAGAAUAUUGUUCAGAAGUAGAACUUGGUGAACCACAAUGGAUUAAUUGUGAUAUUCGCAAUUUUAAGAUGGAGAUUUUAGGGCAAUUUGGAGUCAUAAUGGCUGAUCCACCAUGGGACAUUCAUAUGGAACUACCUUAUGGGACAAUGGCUGAUGAUGAAAUGCGGAAUCUUAAUGUUCCUGUUUUACAGACUGAUGGUCUGAUUUUCCUUUGGGUUACUGGGCGUGCAAUGGAGCUUGGUCGUGAGUGUUUGGAACUUUGGGGUUACAAGCGUGUUGAGGAACUGAUUUGGGUAAAGACUAAUCAACUUCAACGAAUCAUUAGAACAGGCCGGACAGGGCAUUGGCUGAAUCAUAGCAAGGAGCACUGCCUUGUUGGAAUUAAGGGAAACCCAGAAGUAAAUAGGAACAUUGAUACUGAUGUGAUUGUUGCUGAGGUUCGAGAGACGAGCCGCAAGCCAGAUGAGAUGUACCCUAUGCUGGAGAGGAUAAGUCCAAGGACAAGAAAGCUGGAAUUGUUUGCUCGCAUGCACAAUACUCAUGCUGGGUGGAUGUCGCUUGGUAAUCAGUUGGAUGGAGUCCGACUAGUUGAUGAAGGCUUGCGAGCUAGAUUUAAGGCUGCUUAUCCAGAUGUGGUGGUGCAGCCUCCCUCUCCUCCACGGGCUUCUGCAAUGGAAAUUGACUCCACGGCUUCUCAAAUGAGGAGUCCUUAUGCAGUGACAGAAUCAAAGUCUACAGUGGCACCGUUGGCAGAUCAUGGAGCUGCAGGGACAGCUUAUGCUUCUGAAGAUAAGUUCUUGGGUGUAGAUACUGAUAUGGCUGGCUAAAUGCACUGUUAUUUAAUCAAAGCUUCAUUCCAUUGUACUCCUAAUAGUUUUUGGUGCUAAGAUGUACGUGAUUAUAAUUUUAAGUUUGUAAGUUCAUGGGACAGGGAUUGUAUUAUGACCAUUUUUUGUCAGUUGUAAGUUAUAUUUAUCUCAGAGAACGGGGUUGAUCUA